UCUCUAUCAAAACCCAUUUCCCCUCAAAACCCUAGAAAGAAAAUCUGAUUCAAAUUACUGUGUCCCUUCUGCUAUCACUAUUGCUCCUCUCUCUGAACAAAGGGUUUGAUUAUGGGGAGGAUUAACAAUCUACCAAAAGAGAUCAUGUCAGAAAUUCUAAGUCGUUUACCGACUGAGUCUGUACUAGACUGCAAAUUGGUUUGCAAGCGUUGGCUAAAUGUUGUUCUUCACCCAUCCUUCUCUCAUAUGCAUUUUAAUCGUCUUGAUUCUGCUGGUAAGUUGAGCUUUAUUUUCUUUAUACCAGAGCUUGCUGAAGAAUUUUCUUAUGUUGAGUUUGAUGAGAAUUCUCAUGAGACACUGUUUAGUAGAAAAACAAGGAUGAAUUUAAGCUCUCCAUUUGACAAGUAUCGUUAUUCUUUGGUUAAUUCAUGCUAUGGUUUAGUUUGCCUCAACGCAUCGUAUAAAGGCUAUUAUGGACCUGCUUACAUCUGUAAUCCAAUCACCAGAGAAUACAUUUUGCUUCCAAUAUCUAAACGAGCCUACCAAUGGACUGGAUUUGGUUACAUUCCUUCAACCAGUGAGUACAAGGUUGUUAGAAUCUCUGUCGGCUCGAGAGACUUAAAUGCUGGAAAUAUUCAGGUAUACACUCUUGGCAGUGGGUUUGGAUGGAGAAAUGUAGGAAAUACAGACAUUGAAAUAGAUAAUUUUGCAGCACCUGCUGGUGCCUUUGCGAAUGGAGCUCUUCAUAGGGUGAACAAACGCGAAGGAACUGUUCUUGCAUUCCAUUUGACAAAUGAAAAGUUUAUUGAGCUUCCAUCACCACCUUGUUUGACAGCUGGUGUUUCUGUUACAUUAAAGGUUUUAGGUAAUUUUCUAAGUGCUACUUCUUAUCACAAUGCCAGUAGUUGUGAAAUAUGGUUACUGAAGAAGAAUAAAGAUAAUUGUGAUGACUUGAGCUGGAGUAAAGAUUUUAGCUUUGACGUUUUUGACAAUUACAAAUCGUGGCCAUUUUGUUAUACAAAGUGUGGUAGGCUUCUAUUUUAUGGGGAUAACAAUAUUUCUAGUUACCAUCCAAAAGAUUCAUCUGCGAAAAUGGAUGUGAGUUUUGGCAAGACUAUUGUUAAAGGGAUCCCUCACAAGAAUACUUUAGUGUCAUUAAAAGUAUUAGGAGAAAAGAAUGUCAGAACAAUGGAAUCCAGUGAAGGAGCAAGUUCAAGUGAGCAGACAGAAAACAAAGAUCAACUGAAGAAGCCGCAGAACGAAGUAAGAGAUCUUUAGAACUGUACAAGUAUGGAGGCCAUAAUGAAGUGGAAACGGGAAGCACAACCAUAAACUUGGCGAAGUUAAUACCAACGAUGCAACCAUUCCAGGAAAGUAAUACAGCAGUCAUCUCAUCUAAAAAUCAAGUGGUUUUGGCUGAGAAGCGUUUAUUGAAUUGGGACAGCUAAGUGGCAUCUACGCCGACUGGAUUGAGCCACGUUUACCUACCAAUGUGCUGAGUUUUACUUUCGGUCAGAUCGGUUUGUGUUUUUUGUUUACAGUUUUUCUUUCUUUAUUUCCUGCAACUGUAGAAGGCUAGAAAUUUUUAGUGCCGUUUAGAAUAAGCUGGAUAUUUUGAAACCAGGUAGGUUACUUAAUACCAUUUUUGAUAUGCGGAUA